AGUGAAUAGAUGUGUAAUGUAUAGCAGUGAAUAGAUGUGUAAUGUGUAGCAGUGAAUAGAUGUGUAAUGUAUAGCAGUGAAUAGAUGUGUAAUGUGUAGCAGUGAAUAGAUGUGUAAUGUAUAGCAGUGAAUAGAUGUUUAAUGUAUAGCAGUGAAUAGAUGUGUAGUGUAUAGCAGUGAAUAGAUGUGUAAUGUAUAGCAGUGAAUAGAUGUGUAAUGUGUAGCAGUGAAUAGAUGUGUAAUGUGUAGCAGUGAAUAGAUGUGUAAUGUUUAGCAGUGAAUAGAUGUGUAAUGUGUAGCAGUGAAUAGAUGUGUAAUGUAUAGCAGUGAAUAGAUGUUUAAUGUAUAGCAGUGAAUAGAUGUGUAGUGUAUAGCAGUGAAUAGAUGUGUAAUGUAGGGUAUAGCAGUGAAUAGAUGUGUAAUGUAGGGUAUAGCAGUGAAUAGAUGUGUAAUGUAUAGCAGUGAAUAGAUGUGUCAUGUGUAGCAGUGAAUAGAUGUGUAAUGUAUAGCAGUGAAUAGAUGUGUCAUGUAUAGCAGUGAAUAGAUGUGUAAUGUAUAGCAGUGAAUAGAUGUGUAAUGUAUAGCAGUGAAUAGAUGUGUAAUGUGUAGCAGUGAAUAGAUGUUUAAUGUAUAGCAGUGAAUAGAUGUGUAAUGUAGGGUAUAGCAGUGAAUAGAUGUGUAAUGUAUAGUAGUGAAUAGAUGUGUUAUGUAUAGCAGUGAAUAGAUGUGUAAUGUUAGUGAAUUAUGAGUAGAAGUGAACUGACUUGUGAUGUGUGGAAGUAUUUGCUAUUAUCCAGUGUUACAACCGUGACGCAGUCAAUAACAAAGGCGUGCUUGUCACCGAACCAACCCAGCUGGUGCUCUCGUACAAAUAGUACAAGCAGCUUUAUCGUUGUCAAAUCUCGACGUCUUUCAAAAGACAUGUUAACGUGUGAAAAAUCUAUACGGAUCUGAAUAUCAUAAAUCAAAAUUCUCAAAGAAGCCCACGGAUAUUGACUUUUAACAAGACAAAAAAGUCUUUACAACGAAAGUGGAAACAAUAUCUGUGCAAUACAAACUCAGUACCCAAAGCGUUGAGUUGCUGUGCACCUUUCUAAGCCAAUAGCUUGUAAACGACAAAACUCUUUGUAAAUCAUUGUGUAGUCUAAUUUAGAUCGAGGCUACUGUAGCAGACGUCAACCAUGCGUACAACUAGAGGGAGCAUGAAAGUGAAAGCAACAAAAAAAACUGCAAAAUCCGAAAUUAAAAGUCAGAAGCUCAAAGCUCCGAAAAGAAACGAAAGAACUCCCGAAUCAGGAUUGUAUAAUAAAGAAAUAAUACUUUUGAGAAAAAGCAAAUCAGCUCCUAAUCCAAAGAACGAAACUCAAAAGAUAAAAAUGUUGUCGUCUGCAAGAAAAGUUACCGCUAAACAAUUGGCGGAUCUAAUUUCUAACGAUCAAAUCCUGUUGCCCAUAAGAAAACACUCAUCCGCCAUACAUCAACCAAAGGACCAGUUGACACAAUCGUCUAGGGAUGCCACGCAAAGUUUAGUAGAAAAACUUGACAGAAAUAGUAGAAAAAGUGUUCAAGUGAAACGUCUGCGAGAAAAACAAGUGCACAGUCGAGUCCAGGAGCAGCAGAAGACAGUUCAUACACAUGAGAGCAGCCAAACGCAACAGCUCAUUACAAUUACCGAAAGGGCACAACAAAAGUCUUUAGUUAGCACAACAACGCCAAAGAUUUCCUCAUCGUCUGCUAAAAGAACAGCCAAACAAUACCCACGAAGUAUUUCCGGUGAACGUGUUACAAAUACCUCCAAACCAUUUAUUAACAAAACAAGGAAAUCGAAAUCAGUCUCUCCAAAAAGAGAAACUUGCAGUGUUGACAGACAAAAUAUAUCAGACAAAAGUGGGAGUCGAGCACUUAAUGCAACCAGAACUAGAGGCACUACUCAGGACUCGCUCACUUCCAGAAACAUUGGAAUAAGUGAAAAACGUAGAGAGCACAUUUCAAAAGGUUACCAGAAAAACUCCAUUGAUCAGCCACAGCAUUUAACACCCACAUUACUAGAAAAUGUCCACAGUAAGAAAAGAGCACUGUCUCCAGACACAUCUCAGAGUUUCAAGGAAACAAAGAAACGAAAAACGUCUUUGCCCUUUUCUCAACCGAAAAAAAGAAUGCCAUCGGAAGAUACUCCAGGCAUGUCUUUGCGAAGCUUAAAAUCAGAAUCAGAAAAUAAGCACACAACAACUCCUAACCACAAAUUAGCAAAGCCAAAUUCAACCCCUGUCCCAAAAUCUGCAUUAAAACAGACUUCAAAAAGUCAAGAUAGAAAUGAAAUUGGCGAAAAUUUGAAUACUACAGUCGAGUCCAGUUCGAAGAGAAAGUACGAAACCAAUUAUCAUAAUCUAAGUCCACCGAAGGGACGCAACUCUUUAAUUCGUUUUUGCAAGGAUGCAAAUCUUUCUUCAAGCAUUGUGAAACAAAAUAAAUCAAACAAAAUUCGUAAGUUUAACCAACCUGUAUCAGACGCAUUUAUCAAAUCAUCAGCUUUUAUGUCAAAAACAGAGGGCGCAACUGCCUUACCACACCCUGUUUUCAGAAAACAUUCCAGAAAACUAUUUUCUAAGCUACCUCGUAAAAUUGCUCCAAUGAAGCACAGCUCAUGCAAUCUGUCUAGUCACACACCAGUAACAACGCCAAUAAUACAUAACCGAAGAAAGAACACUCCAUCUAGCAAAAGUAGCCUUCAUGUUUCGCGGACUACUAGUCCUAGUGAUAAUCAGCAGAAACUGAGACCGAUACUAAACUCUCAAACCCCUAAUUCCAAAUCAGACAUUCUUAAUCUUAUAUCAGAUUUGAGAACAUUAUCAACACAGCUGAAAAGUGCUUCUAAAAAAUCUAAACUCUCUCAAGAAAACUCUCCAAAUAAAAUCCAUACAUUGAAUGAAAUGAAAGCAACCGAAAAACAUUUUUCUAACCGCAAAUCACUGGGCAAUGAUGGGCAAGAAACGGAAUCUCAUGGUCAGUCUACAGGUCAGCUAAAGAAAUCCAUUCAAAAGCAGCCAUUACUAAGAAACUCAGUAAAUUCGCCUGCACAUAAUAGCAAGGGAAUGUUUACAGCAGUUCAAAACCAGACAGACAAAUCAACAAAAAGGAAAGAUGAAAGAAGAUCAACGACUACAACAACCUUUCUUUCACCCAAUACAUUCACAAGGUCAUCGCGGAUGUAUACAUCUGACAACGUACGUAGGCCGAAUGGCGCGAUCAAAGCAAAAACAAGGUUAAUCAUUGGUGGAAAGUUUGGCAGAAAGAAAACAAAAAGAUCACUAAAGGGAAGUCAUCAAAAAUCUGGUGAUCAAAAAUUCACUUCCAAACGAUGUCAUAAUUCUACUUCAGAUAAUGAAAGUGAAGAUCGAUUAUUUAAUUCCAAGAAAAGUAGAUCCAGGAGAGAUUUUGUACGACUAAAGACUGCCAAUAAAUUUCUUUUAGUGCACAGAGGUAAGCUGGGAAACUCUAUGCGCUCAGGAAAAACAAUUCAGUUGACAUCUACUCCAGACGCAAAACUGACUUCUCAAUCACUAGAAACUGAGACUUUAACCAGAUCGAGGCAAAUAGGGAAUAGAAAAGUAAGAACACCAAACUUACAAGAGACUUCAAGAGAUUUCAAAAACCAAAUGUCUCCUCCUUCACAUCAAUCUAAGAAACAAUAUUCGUCUUCGGUGAAAAGUGGGAAUAACUUAAUUCGUCAAUCUGCAAGAGCCACUAAAUCAUCUUCAAUGCCAAUUUCUGCAGAAGUAUCUACCAGAGCCACUAGAUCUAGAUCAACUUCAAUGCCAACUUCUGCUAAAGUAUUUACAAAAGCCACUAGAUCUAAAUCAACUUCAAUACCAACUUCUGCUAAAGUAUUUACAAAAGCCACUAGAUCUAGAUCAACUUCAAUACAAAUUUCUUAUAAAGUAUCUAGAAGCGCCACUAGAUCUAAAUCAACUUCAAUACCAACUUCUGUUAAUGUAUUUACAAAAGCCACUAGAUCUAGAUCAACUUCAAUACCAAUUUCUGAUAAAGUAUCUAGAAGCGCCACUAGAUCUAAAUCAACUUCAAAUCAAACUCGUGCAUCUAUCAAAGCAACUAGAUCUAAAUCAACUUCAAAUCAAACUCGUGCAUCUAUCAAAGCCACUAGAUCUAAAUCAACUUCAACACUUCCUUCUGCUAAUGCAAUACCGCACAUAGACGUAGAGACUAUCAAAUAUAACAUCAUGUCGACUUCCAAGUCAAAGAAAAGAUUAUCCCAUGAAGGAGGCAGCAAGAACGAUAGGACUGCCCCACCUUCCUCUUCGAGACAAAGAACAUCCUCCAGUCAAUGUUCAAUCAAAGCUUCAAGAAAAAAACUUGCCAGGCCUGCUCCUAACUUAAAGGACCGUCCCAAAGUUCAAACUGACCGUCCCUCUCGACUGUUCCAAAGAUUAUCCUUUGAACCGGUUUCUUCCUCUGACACCAAAACAUUUUCAUCAUUAACCAAAACAAUGUCGACAAAAUCACAAGCUAAAUCAAUUGAUAAUUUAUCGGUCCGGGAGUCGACAAAGGCGGCUAAAGCUCAAGGCUGCAGAAAAUCUUUAUUCAACUCGUCAAAAACAAAUAAUUCCAUGAAAAAUAUAAUUCAAAGUAACUCCAAAAGAAAAGGUUUACAAACGAUAAUUUCUCCUUCACUCAAAAAGUCAUUCAAACAUAAGCAUGUCCAGGUUUCGUUGAUUCCAUCUCUGAUCAACAUUCAAAGGUUAGUCACCAAAAUGUCGAACAGCAUUGCCGUGCGCACACGGGUACGGGAUGAAUUAAACAAAACAAAGAGAGAAAUAUGUUCAUUCACGGAUAUAAUUUCUAUAGAAGACCUGUUAUCUUUUGCAAAUGAUUCCAAUUUCGAGCCUGGAUACUAUUUGCCACUGGAUGAUAAUUAUUCAGAGUCGGAGACAGUGCAUGAACUCCAGCUUAAAUCUGGGAAAAUAGUUUGCAUGGUGGAUAAAAAACUUUCUUACAGUCCGUCGCGAAUCAAGAGACAUAACCGAGCAAUUAACAUUGAUAAAACAAGACAGCAAGAGUUAUCUCCUACUAAGAAUGCCAAGUCAAGUUUUGAGAUUGAAGUUGGGACCCUAAAGAACAGCAGCCCAGAACUUGUCUCUGAUACACAUGAGGAUGGAAGUAAUAUUGAUGCCAUCAUCACUGAACACGACGACGAUGAAGAGUAUGUAGACGAAUCCGACUCUGAGAUCAUUUUUAGGUUAAGGAAGCCAUCGUUACAUAUCCACGACCCACCGAAUUCAUCAUUUGCGUGUUUAGGUUCAACAGAAGUUAAACGCGAUACAGUCAAACCAAUCAUAGAUUCAAUUUCUUCAUCAUCAUUUUCAACUUUUGGUAAAAGUGGCAACAAUUUAGGAGUGGAAAAAAACAAUUUAAAGUCUACAGAUCCACUAACAGACAACGCAAAGUCUGUAAAUGAAAUAGAUGAAAUAUUAUCACCAGGGCGUGAAGUGCAAGGUUGGUUAUCUACCGAAGAAGCUUCUACUUCCAAGGUAGAUCUAAUUGUUCCUACGCAAAGCAAUUAUAAUGAAACUAAGAAAGGCUCAAAAGGCAAUCAAAAUCAGGAACAAAACACUCUUUUAGCAAGCAGCAUAAAAACUGUGGAAUUUAAAAGCCAGGGAAAUGAAAGCUUUAUAAGCAAACCACAUAAUAACUCUAAUACAAAUAAAUCACCAUUUAGUUCUAAGUCAAGCAAGGGGCCGAAAAUAAAGCCGAUAAGUAAACCAAAGAAACAGAAAAAAGUUUUGCGAAAAAAGAAACACAACCCUGUAAUUAAAGUUCACAGGGUAAAGAAACAGGAGUUAUCCUUCAUGUUUAACUCGAGCAUUGACAAAUCAGAUACCGACUCGGACGACGAACAGGAGGAUGACGAGACAUCGGAAGAUAAAAAUUCCAAAGCAACCGGAAGUAGAUCAGAUGACCCUGUUCAAGCCAUCGACAUGUCAGACAUUGUGGACGAAAGCGAUAUCUUUUUACUGUCUACUUCCAAUGCUAAAGAUGGCGCCAAAGCUCAGAAAGCUUCUGACGAAGUCAGGCCAAAGGUAGAAUCGAUCAAACGAUCAAUGAAUUCAUUACCCACAUCAGAACAUGAGUCCACGAAACUAAUCGGCCAAGAAGAAAUAAAGUCGCAGUCUAUUUCACCAAAUAAAAGCGUUGGUCACAAAAAUACACCAGGAAACAUCGGCUUUUUGUUGAGGGAAGCUGAUAGAAAACAUUCAAAGACUGAAAACAAUAGAAAAAAUCUUCGACUCUCUCAUGAAACUCUCGAUUUGAGUAAGUUAAAAAGAGACACCAGAAGAUCAAGUAAAAAAGGAGAAUCGGAAAUUAUUACGAAUCAAGUCCGACAAAGUCCUAGAAAAAGAUCAUCUUCAGAUCACAAAGAAACUGGACUAUUAGAAUCUUUACCAACUGCUGAUUUUUUUACAAAUCCGGCAUCUCGCAAAACUUUCUCAGCCCAGUCUCAAAGUACAGCUUUACAGUCUGCCUCAACGUCUGUUUCAAUCAAUUCACAUGUAAGUCAAACAAGAUUGCAGACAGAAACAUUGAAAAAAUCAAAAAGUUUAACUGACUUAAAUUUAUUGACUAAUGAUUUUGCGAAAGAAAUUUCACUGAGGCCUCGACGAUCGUCUGCUCUGAAAAAAAGCCACGUGGUAGAAAGUGAACGAUUUCUGUCUCAGACUCAACAGAGCCCCUUGAAAAAACAUCCAAAGAAAGCAUCAACAACCCCUUCAAUGCUCAAAGCAACACCGGAGAAUUUCCCCAAACAAGCUGACACGACAAGUCCCAUAGGACUUAGUUCUCGUAAUCCUUUGCAUUUGACCAACUCUCAGAAAGUCCCAGAAAUGACGUCACCAAAAUCCUUGCGCAUGACUAGAAGCAGCAGAAAUCAAGUACACGCGUACCUAUUAAAUAACUCGACAGAAAAACCUGGUCGCAAAACUCAAACUUUACAUGAUCAAAACAACAAGUCAACUAUCAGAUUUAAAACGAAAGAUUUCCAAAGACAAUUGCUUCAAACUGAUAAAACCAUUCAAUCUAACAGAUAUUUGAUUAAAACUCAAAAGGCAGAAAGAUCUAUAAAAGGUGCCAAAAAUGAAAUUUUUAAAGCGGUUGUCGAAUCAUUGGAAAAUACAAACUACCCCAAACAAAAAGUAUUAAAAUCUGAAAAAUCUGGAGAUAUUAUUUAUAAAAUAAUGAAUAAAGAUUCGGAACAAUCCGAAGAAACCAAAACAGGAAAUGGAAGAAAAAGUUCUCCACGAAAACAAAACAAACGAAAACGCGUGCCUUUAGUUUUAUCUCAACAGAAUUAUUUCCACAUUAAAGGCUACAGAAAAGGGCGAUACAUUCUACGUGCUAGACGACGGAGGAGCGCUGCAGACUCGCCUCACUCUAACGAUACGUUUUCUAAAGUGAUGAGAACCUGCGAUGUGCCAAAUGAGAUUCCGGAUAAAUCCUCUACUCCAGCUCAUUUUAAAGAAAGAAAACAAUCGUCUGCUGAGAGUGAAGAAAAUACCAAAACACCGGCGACUGCAAACAAAAACAAAUCCGUUUUAUUUUCUAAGAAGCUAGACAGUGGGCAGAAAAGAAUAACUAGGCAAAUAUUUGUUAGGGAAUCUCCAAGCAAUCCUAACAAACACUCAAAGCCUCGAAACGUUGAAACAUUAGGACUUUCUGAUGAUCUAACUUCAUUUGGGACGUCUGCAUUGAAUAAGACAGACAAGACUGAUUCGAAAAAGACCAAUUACACAUCUACAGGCAAGGCCAAAUCAAUCUCAGAUUUCAUUCAAUUAAAAAAUCUUAAAGUUUCCACGAGAAGGAAAGACAAAAGUUCCACAGCACAAUCACAAAAACUUCAUCCUUCGAUUAAACCAGAAGGAUCUAAAUCGGAGUUACACAGCACACCUAUCAAUACUUACAGACGAGCUUCUGGGCUUACACGUACUGAAAGAUCUGAUCAUACCCAUUUCCAACCUGAUCAAACUUUCGAUGAUAUCGAUUUCGGGGAAGAGCGUGUUUCAGAAAGCAUCACUGGGUCUUUGAGAAAUGCCAAAAACAAAGUUCCCAUGUUUGUGAUCACAGAACCAACUCCAGUCAGACGACGAGGCUUAAGCAGCUUAGCAAAUCCAACCAGGGCUCGUGUGAAUCGUGUCCCAGUGUCACGGCUGUAUAGUUUCUCCAAUGCAGGCUCUGAUAGCGAUGACAAUGAAAUCCAAGGAUAUUUCUCUUCUUCUGAUCGCGUGGAUACGUUCUCUUACAGUGGUGAGAGAAGUUCUAACUGCAGUGGGCUUUGGACACCAACCAGCGAUCUCGGGCGUCGAGCACUCAGAGUUUUGGACAGAAGAGACGUGCUGACGUCACCACUGAAGCAGAAAAUGGACAGCAGUGCCCUGUCCAGCCCCAUAAACUCCCUUGGUAACUACACACAAUUUGACUUUGAAGAGAUAAUUGAUGACUUUACAAACUCGUUCUCAUACAAGGAUUCUCUUGCAGGGGAAGAACAACCAAAGGCAGCUCUGAAAAACGUCAGAUUUAAAUUCAAUCCAUCGGACAGUUGCAUUAUAUUAUAAUAUUAGACAAUUUCAAGUCAUUUAUACUUUCUGUUUUUGUAUUUUUAUGUAAACUUUUAAUGAGGGUAUUAUCUGCUCAGGACAACAAUUAACGGCCUAUACUUUCUCUAUCUGAAUCUGUGAGCCUGUAGUAAAAAGUAGUUCCCUUUCAGACCUUGCGAUAUAAUGAGUAGAUGAUGUUAAGGUCAUCUGUUUCUAUGGCCAGCGGUUAACGUGCAGGGUGUCACGUGGCCAGCACAACGACCUAUCGCAUUCACUUUCCCCAACUAAAGUCAGGUAACCAUUAGAGUUGGGUGGACUCAGGGGUGCCCAUAAAAAUCCAGAAAUAUCCCAGUCUUCACCGAGAUUCGAACCCAGGACCCUAGGCUCGGAAGCCGAGCCACCGCGCCCCCUGUGAGACUGUAUUCAACAGUAAAUAUAAUUUAUACAACUUCUAGUGACGGCUGUGUAAUUAUGUUUACAACGGCGCUAGUUUAUUGAGGCAAAGGCUCCUAGCCCAAUCUCCAUUGUAGACAGUUACUAGACAGACAUUUUUACAAGAGACUUAAAAAUGAUAAAAUUUCAUUGAGCUGUUAUGAAUACCUCAUCUCACUUAAGGGGAGUUAAGGUUGUUAAUAGCUGUAAUUAUGUUGAUGGUUUCGCUUGUUUUGUAUCACUCUCUUGAACUAUCUGCACCAACAGGUGAUCCCCAUUAGAUUUCAAUACACAAUAAAUUCAGUUUUAACUAUCACACUUAACUCGUAAGUAAACUCAAAACUUUUAUCAGAAAUCUACUUUUAUCAUUUUA